AUGUUGACCUAUCACAAUGUGGGUCAGUCCACAAAAAAAAAAAAAAAGAGGUGGAGGAGGAGGAUGGGGGGAGUGGGGGGAGGAGGGCUGUGCGAAUACAGUGAGACAACAGAAAUUAAUAGAGCAGAAAAAAACUCUGGAAAGAAGAGUGCAUGGCUCAGGGUCUUGGCUCGUGGGCAGCUCUUGAGCAAUCCCAACUGGAACGUCACACCGAAAGGCACCAUGAUAAUGAUGACUGAUGUCACUGCAGCCCCCAGAUUGGGGUCAGCUGCCACCACUCCAGCUGUGGCUCCUAACUUCUCCUGGAUGCCAGAGGAUGGCAGCCCCACGGCUGUGGAGCAGCCAAUAUUCCUCAUGACCACUGCUGCUCAGGCUAUCUCAGGUUUCUUUGUAUGGACAGCUUUGCUCAUCACCUGCCAUCAGAUCUACAUGCAUCUCCGCUGCUAUAGCUGCCCAAAUGAACAGCGCUACAUCGUUCGGAUCCUCUUCAUUGUGCCCAUUUAUGCCUUUGACUCAUGGCUCAGUCUCCUGUUCUUCACCAAUGACCAGUACUAUGUUUACUUUGGCACAGUGCGGGACUGCUAUGAAGCCUUUGUAAUAUACAACUUUCUCAGCCUCUGCUAUGAGUACUUGGGAGGGGAGAGCUCCAUCAUGUCUGAGAUCAGAGGGAAACCAAUUGAGUCCAGCUGUGUGUAUGGAACUUGCUGCCUGUGGGGAAAGACAUAUUCGAUUGGAUUCCUGAGAUUCUGCAAACAGGCUACCCUGCAGUUCUGUGUGGUGAAGCCCCUCAUGGCGAUCAGCACAGUCAUCCUUCAGGCCUUCGGCAAGUACCAGGACGGUGACUUUGAUGUAACCAGUGGCUACCUCUAUGUGACUAUCAUCUACAACAUCUCUGUCAGCCUGGCACUGUAUGCCCUCUUCCUUUUCUACUUUGCCACACGUGAGCUGCUCAGUCCCUAUAGCCCAGUCCUCAAGUUCUUCAUGGUGAAGUCUGUCAUCUUCCUGUCCUUCUGGCAAGGGAUGCUGUUGGCCAUCUUGGAAAAGUGUGGUGCCAUCCCCAAAAUCCACUCUGCUAAUGUGUCUGUGGGUGAAGGCACAGUAGCUGCUGGCUAUCAAGACUUCAUCAUCUGUGUGGAGAUGUUCUUUGCAGCCAUUGCCCUGCGCCACGCCUUCACAUACAAGGUGUAUGUGGACAAGAGAAUUGAUGCCCAAGCUGUUCCAUCAUAUGGGCCAUACGGUCGCUGUGCUCCCAUGAAGAGCAUCUCCAGCAGCCUCAAGGAGACCAUGAAUCCCCAUGACAUUGUCCAAGAUGCGAUCCACAACUUCUCUCCAGCCUACCAGCAGUACACCCAACAGUCGACACUGGAGCACGGUCCCCCCUGGCGCAAUGGCAGCCACGUGAUCUCGCGCUCCCACAGCUGCUCCGGUGCCCGCGACAACGAGAAGACCCUCUUGCUGAGCUCCGAUGAUGAAUUCUAGGAGGGGAAACUGCCAGCACAGGCUGUCAUUUUCCUUUUUUUUUUUUUUUUUUUUUUUAAUAAUUUAUUAAUGCAGAAACACGCAAGUCAUAUCACUUCCUAGAGAGUAAAGAUUGCAGAAGUGGGCACUUCCCAUUAGCUUUUGUGGGUACGGACACGAUGAGCAAUGCGGAGGUGGCGGAAUGGCCAGGACUCCAUGCUCGAGCCCAUUCCUGACAGCAGCAAUCAGAACUGAUUCAAGCAAAGCUCCAGGGUUUGGGGCACUGGCUUCCCACACCUGCCCAGCUUGGUGUGGAGGGUGACUGGCCGGAGCCUGGAGUUGUAGCCAAAAAUAUUUUGGUUUUUUUCCAACAGGACAACCUGACUGCUUUCUAUUUCUUUUCCUGAAUGGUUGAUGUAGGCACAGUUUUCCCCCCAGCUCCCUGGUACUAACAUCUAUCUCUGUGAUCCUUGGGAAAUAGAAUGGGGAUGCAGCCAUAAACGUUCCUGAGGACCAGACCGGAGACUGGUCUUUCUAUAUAGCCAUUGCCUUGAGUGCUAAGUAAGAAACAUCUGUCCCCACCCUCCUGAGCACCUGGUUAUGAGUCCUUGAGUGAGUGAGGGGGAAAAGGACAGGGCUUUCUUCGUGUUCCUUGGCUCCCUGCAUUUCCAAUUGCUAUAAAACCUUGUCGAAGCUCACUGGGGAUGGAAUUACUUUUUCAAAAGGGUGGAGUUUUUUAAUCACCAGGUGUCCAAGCUUCCCAUCUCCCUGGCUUCCUGUGGCAGGAAGCCUCCCUGGAGCAUCUGUCUCCUGCUAACAAGACUGAGGACUGGCUAUGGUAGGUGGUGGAAGUUUGAAGAGCUCUGGCCCCUUCACCCCUCUUUGGGAAGGGAAGAUAUGUAAACACAAAACCAGUUUUUCUUCUUGUUUCCUAUCCCCCAGCAUCACAUCUGUCCCUCUUAGAGGUAGCUGCCAGAGCAGGUCCUGGUCUCUCACAGGUGGUUCUCCCCAUGCUCAUCAUCAAUGACUUUUCCUGAGCUACACAAGUUUUCCCCUUAGGCUGGAAUAUUCAGGAAGGAAUCUUGCACACUCCUUUGUUUUUUAUUUUUGUAGCUGUUCUGGGCCAAGGUGGAGCAGACUUGAAACCUGACAUGACUUGGCUGGUCAAUUUGUCCCUUUUAUUUUCUCAGGCAGCAAUUGCUGCUGCUGCUGCACAUUUCACAGGCUCUGCUGCACCUGCAGUGCUAUCAAGGGUGGAAGCAGCAUCCAUGGAAGUGGGAGAAGCUUCCCCUUCUGUUAGGUUUUGGAUGAACCCAUGGGUACUUAGUGGAGCCAAAAGAAAAGUGAUCCUUCUGUAGAUCUAUCCAGGGACCAGGAAAUGCCUCUUGCUUGCUUAAAAUUAUCUAGGGGAAGAGUGGGCAGCACACUCAAGUGCUACAGCUCAGGUGUUCCUACCUGCAAGCGAGAAGCAAAAAUGAGAGAUUGGAGCAAGCUGCUGUGUUCAGCUGUAGUUUCUCCCUUCCUCUCCCACUUGAUGCUUCCCCUGCCAAGGGCAGACCUGUGUGAUUCUGGAUUGCUCCUUGCUGCUCUGCUAGGAGAACUGGAGUCUGGUUUGCUGCCUGGAGUUUAUGUUCCCGUUUGUUUCCUAAUCCAUCUGCUUGUUCAUUGAGUGUCUCAGAAGUGACAGUGAGUGAAGAGCACCUUAUUUAUUCAGCACCUCUGCCCAAGCUGGGCAGCUUCUCUGCUGCUGGAUUUCCCCAUUUACACACAUCCUGCAAUGCCAUGCUGUUAGUUACUAAUUUUCCUAAGUCUGUGACUGCUUAUUUAGACAUGCAAACACACUCUGCCAGGCUUUGUGUGGCCUUGGUGUAAAAUUUCCUCAUGCAUAAGCCACCUGGAAAGCAGGACUGAAGGUUGAAUGGACUUUCCUUCUGUCUUCUAUGGCUUUGAUUAACAGUCCUUUAAUGUGAAAUACUUAUGUUACUCUCCCUUUUAGGAAAGUGGGGCAUGGGACAUGGUCCCAUCCUCCCCUUUCUUUGCAUUUGCAGGCCUUGAUGAUGUCCCAGUAUCACUUGGUGACAGCCCCCAAUCCCCCAAUCCUUGUUGCAUUUGGGUGGCUGAAAUCUGUGUGAUUGCCCCAUUGAGCAUGAAGGUGGUCCAGGCUUAGAGAAGUGUUUCUUAGAGCUUAUUUUGAAAUGUCUCCUGCAUAUAUAUAUAUAUAUAUAUAUAUAUAUGUAUAUGUGUAUAUAUAUAUAUAUGCUGUACAGAGGAUCUGGAUAUUCUCAAAGCAUCGUGUGUGUAAUGGUUUCAAUAUAACUCUUUUGCACCAGCUGCCUUUGGAGGAGCUUGGUGAGCUAGUGCCCAACAAGCCAGCUGCCCUACUUUAUAAUUUUAUAUACAUAUAUGUUUUUUAACACCACACAAAAUCAUCCAUCACUGAGCUUCCUGCUCUCCCUCGUGACUGGCAAGUGCCAGAGCAAGCACUGGCUCUGAAGCCACUUUGUGUUGGAGGAACAAAUACGAGAUCCAGAGCUUGAAACUGAGAAGGCCAAGGCAUCCAUGGCGUUGUAGAUCUGCUCAUGGUAGCCCAGGGCCCAAGAAAUGUGCCGGUUCCAGGAGUAGACCCUUGGAGCUGCUCUCCCUCACCUGCUUCUGCUCUCCUUCCUUCCUUCCUUUUUUGUUUACCAUGUAACAUACCCACGGGAUUUAUUAUUUUUCCAUAUAGAGUAGUUCUUUGUAUAUAAAUGACUGAAAAAAAAGUAUGAUAAAUAAGACAGAGUCACCUAGUUUUGUACCUAUCGUGUUUAACUGAUGUGAGCUCAGCGACAAGCCGCUCUCUAUUUUGGUCUUUGUGACGUUAUACUCUGCAGAAAUGAGCAAAUAUGAUGACAAAUAAAAAAUAUAGAGAUAAUAUAGAUUGUA